AUUACUCAUUGGCUUCCAACGGCGAACCGGUUUGAGCAGCGUAUACUUCGCAGGGCACAGAAAGUAGGGUUUUGCAGAGGAGCGGCGUACUUUGUUCAGCCUCCGACAUGCCUACCGUUAGCGUCGGAAGGGACCGGCUCUUCGAAGCCCUCGGGCGUAGCUACACGCAAGAAGAGUUCGAGGACUUGUGCUUCAAAUUCGGAAUCGAACUCGAUGACGUCACGACUGAAAAAGCAAUUAUACGAAAAGAGAAGCACUUGGAGGAAGAAGAAGACGCGGCUGAGGAUGAAGAAAUUAUCUAUAAAAUCGAGGUUGCAGCUAACAGAUAUGACUUGCUGUGCCUUGAAGGGCUUGCCCAAGCUCUGCGCAUAUUUAUUGGGCUUGAUCCAAUUCCUACUUACACAGUGGCAAAUAUUAGGAGUGAUGCCAUGCUUGAAAUGCAUGUAAAACCAGAGACGUCUUUAAUUCGCCCAUAUAUAGUUUGUGCUGUUUUAAGAGGUAUAACUUUUGAUGAGGCAAGAUAUAACAGCUUCAUUGAUCUUCAGGAUAGGCUUCAUCAAAACAUCUGCAGGCGAAGAACUCUGGUCGCCAUUGGUACUCAUGAUUUGGAUACGAUAGAAGGUCCUUUCACAUAUGAGGCCUUGCCACCGGCAGAAAUAAACUUUGUGCCACUGAAACAGGUUAAAAACUUCAGGGCUGAUGAGCUGAUGGAGUUUUAUAAAUCAGACCUGAAGCUGAAGAAAUUCUUGCAUAUAAUUGAAAGUUCACUGGUAUAUCCUGUCAUAUAUGACCGGCACAGAACUGUUGUGUCAUUGCCUCCAAUUAUCAAUGGUGCUCAUUCUGCAAUCACUUUGAAGACAAAGAAUGUUUUCAUUGAAUGCACAGCCACGGAUUUGACCAAGGCCAAAAUUGUUUUAAACACAAUGGUUACUAUGUUCUCAAUGUACUGCAAAAGGAAGUUUGAGAUUGAACCAGUUGAAGUAAUUUAUUCUGAUGGCAAUUCGAGAGUUUACCCUGAUUUGUCACUCUACCAUAUGGAAGUCCCUCUAUCUUACAUUACUGAUAUUGUUGGAGUUCCCCUGGAGGCAAAUGAGGUUGCCAGUUUGUUGAAUAAAAUGCAGUUGCAUUCUGUGACGUCUGUAUCAGGAGAUAAGCAGUGCACUUACACUGUAUCUGUUCCUCCUACCAGAAAUGAUGUUCUUCAUCCGUGUGAUGUAGCAGAGGAUGUUGCUAUUGCUUAUGGCUACAAUGAAAUUCCAAAGAGAAUACCUGCGUCUUUGAAGCCUUUGCCUCUUAACCAGUUCAGUGAUCUUAUCAGAUUGGAGAUUGCAAUGAGUGGGUUUACGGAGGUUUUAACUUGGGUGCUGUGUUCCUAUAAAGAAAAUUUCUCCAUGCUGAAUCGUGAAGAUGACAAAUCAACGGCAGUGAUCAUUGGAAAUCCUCGAUCCACUGAUUUUGAGGUUGUACGGACCAGUCUUAUGCCUGGUAUAUUGAAAACUGUGGGGCACAAUAAGGACCAUCCAAAGCCAAUAAAGAUAUUUGAAGUGGGUGAUAUCACAUUGUUGGAUGGGACAAAAGAUGUUGGUGCAAAGAAUUGUCGGCAACUUGCAGCUUUAUACUGUGGUGCUAACUCAGGAUUUGAGCUUAUCCACGGUCUAGUGGACAGAAUCAUGGAAAUAGUUGGGACUCCCUUUGUUCAACCUGGGGAUAGUGCGGGCUACUACAUUGAACGUGCAGAUGAGUCUGAGUUUCUUCCGGGUAGACAAGCUAGAAUCAUUUACAAAGGCAAGCGCAUAGGUGCUUUUGGAAUUGUGCAUCCUGAGGUGUUGAACAACUUUGACAUUCCUGACCCAUGCUCCUUCGUGGAACUCAACAUUGAGAGCUUUUUGUGGGGGUAGUCUUGUAAUGUGAAGACUUAAGGUAUAUUGGAUGAAUGAUAGUUGGCCAAAAGGUGCCUAGGUGAGUUCCCAGCAGUUCAGCUGUCUGAAGGGGGAUAACACUGAUCUCUAAGCUAGCCUACACUUUCCAACCUCUAUUUAUUGUUUACUAAGACUCACUGGGAAUGCCAGAAUCAAUUUGUUCCCUGGAUCUGAGUCUCCUUAACACAGUUUUAACAUGGCGCUCUAUUGUUUGUCAACUUUUAGUUUUCAAUAAUUUAUAAGGAAAGAGUUCACUUAAAUUGUGGUUGUUGCCCGUUCAGAAAACUCUAGCAUUCGGUAAAUACAUAAAUAGGAACUGUCAUUUGGUAGCCAA